AUGUUCUUCAGGGGAAUAGCCACCAAGAUAAUACCGAAGAGCAGCUGGACAGCCUCCAUAAGGCUGGCCUCCACCGCUGCUCCUGCCACUGAGCAACCAACUGCUGCUGCUGCUGAAGUUGCUGUUGCUGCUAAACCACCUUCAAUCCAACAAUUAAUCAUUAUCCCUCCAAGAGAUGCUGAUCUAACAGAAUUAGAAAAACAAGAUCAAACCAUCAAGAGACGUCGUAAAUUAGCUAAGGAAAUCGUUCAAUUGAAAAGAUAUAAACCAACAUCACCGGGUGUUAGAUGGUAUAGAGCACCAAUCUACCCACAUUUAUGGAAAGGUAAUCCAUAUAGAGCUUUAACUAUACCUAAAAAGAAACAUGGUGGUAGAAACAACACUGGUCAUAUUACCGUCAGAGGUAGAGGUGGUGGUCAUAAACGUCGUAUUAGAUUGAUUGAUUAUUCAAGAGAAGAGUCAGGUCCUCAAGAAGUGUUGAGAAUUGAAUAUGAUCCUGGUAGAACUGCUCAUAUUGCCUUGUUGAAGAAUUUAGAAACUGAUAAAAAAUCAUACAUCAUUGCUUCUGAUGGGUUAAGAGCUGGUGAUAUCGUGGAAAGUUUUAUGCAAGGUAUUCCUGAAAGAUUAAUGAAAGAAAUGGGUGGUAAAAUUGAUCCAGCUAUUUUGGCUGCUAAGACUAAUCAAAAGGGUAAUUGUUUACCAUUAAGAAUGAUUCCAAUUGGUGCUACAAUUCAUAACAUUGGGUUAUUAAACAAUGCUCCAGGUAAAAUGUGUAGAGCUGCUGGUACUUAUGGUAGAUUGAUGCAAAAAUUACCAGAAAAGAAAAAAGCUAUUGUUAAAUUACAAAGUGGUGAACAUCGUUAUGUUCAUCUUGAUAGUUGUGCCACUUUAGGAAUUGUUUCCAAUAUUGCUCAUCAACAUUUAAGUCUUGGUAAAGCUGGUAGAUCAAGAUGGAGAGAUAGAAGACCAAAAGUUCGUGGUGUUGCCAUGAAUACUUGUGAUCAUCCUCAUGGUGGUGGUAGAGGUAAAUCUAAAGGUAAUAGAAACUCUGUUUCUCCUUGGGGUCAAUUGGCUAAAGGUUAUAAAACAAGAAGAGGUAAAAACCAAAACAGAAUGAAGGUUAAAGAUAGACCAAGAGGUAAAGAAGGUAGAAAGAUAAGACAAUGA